AUGUAGUUUUCUUCUAGUAAGGAAAGUUAAUAUUUGCUAACCUUAUAUGAAAUGUGCAGAAGAAAUGUUAUAAAUUAAUCAUAAAAAGGGGAACUCAAAGAUUUGCUAAUUUAGGGUGACAGAAAAACUUAGGAAAUUCUGCAGAUUUAUCAGAAAAAUGAAAAUAAAUAAGAGUUAGAGAAAGGCAUCCUUGAUUUAUUGGAUCAAUCUGAUGAGUCUUAUUCAGUUUACAGUAUUCCUUCUUAAUAUAAAUCUAGAAGACCAAAGCCAGUGUAAGUGAAAUCGCUUGAGAAAAAUUGGGCAUGCAAAUCUCAAGAUUCUCUUAAAUAAAAACCAAUGAUGUAGGAAGAAUUGAAUAAACUUAGUAAAGUUUUAAAAGAAAGAUAUUCUUUCAAUCAUCUCGAAUUGCAAUAAUCAAAAAAUUAAGGCAAAAGAUUAUCUGAAAAUUUCUAUAUAGAAUCAGUUAACACAGGAUUUUGA